UUGGGCUCUCCAGAUCGUCCGGAUACUUAUUUGGCUUGUGCAGCAUCCAGCUUGCAGCAAGCCGCAGCCCCCAGCCCUCUGCCACCGCCCGGGUCCGCUCAGCCGCCCGGGCUCCCGAGUGGGCCAAGGUCACCCCCGCCGCGGCCCUCGCGCAUCCCGUCAGCUGAGCGCAGGAGCCCGGCGGCGUCUCCUCCUGAACUUUGCACCCCGUGUGACAAGCGAGCGCGGGUAGCCGAGCGGCCCCGCCGUCCGCGCGGGUCCCGGCCGACCCCGCCAUCCCCUCGCGCCGCCCGCCCGCCCCGCGCUUCGCGGAAGGAGCCGCAGUGACGCGUCAGGGAGGAAACGCCGGCGCCCGGCCGCGCCGCCGGGAAGAAGAAGCCGCCAGCGCGCUGGGCUCCGCGCCCGGGCGCGCGGACGCCGCACAGCCGGGUUCCACGAUGGAGUUUGAACAGUACCUCAAGAAGUUUCAUAUUUUGGAUUAGUUAAUCAUAUUUAUCCUCUGCUGAGAACUUUGAAACUUCAGACUCAGUUUCUGAAGUCCCUCAAGACAUUAACUGCAGAGAGAGUGUACCAUGGAUUACAAGGAGAGCUGCCCAAGUGUAAGCAUUCCCAGCUCUGAUGAACACAGAGAGAAAAAGAAGAGGUUCACGGUUUACAAAGUCCUGGUCUCUGUGGGCAGAAGCGAGUGGUUUGUCUUCAGGAGAUAUGCAGAGUUUGACAAACUUUACAAUUCUUUAAAGAAACAGUUUCCUGCUAUGGCUCUGAAGAUUCCUGCCAAGAGAAUAUUUGGCGAUAAUUUUGAUCCAGAUUUUAUUAAACAAAGAAGAGCAGGAUUGAAUGAGUUCAUUCAGAACUUAGUCAGAUAUCCAGAGCUUUACAACCAUCCAGAUGUCCGAGCAUUCCUUCAAAUGGACAGCCCAAGACAUCAGUCAGAUCCAUCUGAAGAUGAGGAUGAAAGAAGUACUCCGAAGCCACAUUCUACCUCACGGAACAUCAACCUGGGACCAACUGGAAAUCCUCAUGCUAAACCAACUGACUUCGAUUUUUUAAAAGUCAUCGGAAAGGGCAGCUUUGGCAAGGUUCUUCUUGCAAAACGGAAACUGGAUGGAAAAUUUUAUGCUGUCAAAGUGUUACAGAAAAAAAUAGUUCUCAACAGAAAAGAGCAAAAACAUAUUAUGGCUGAACGCAAUGUGCUCUUGAAAAAUGUGAAGCACCCAUUCUUGGUUGGAUUGCACUAUUCUUUCCAAACAACAGAAAAGCUUUAUUUUGUUCUGGAUUUUGUUAAUGGAGGGGAGCUCUUCUUUCACCUACAGAGAGAGAGGUCUUUUCCUGAACCCAGAGCGAGGUUUUAUGCUGCCGAGAUUGCCAGCGCCUUGGGUUACCUGCACUCCAUCAAAAUAGUGUACAGAGACUUGAAGCCAGAAAAUAUUCUUUUGGAUUCAAUGGGACAUAUCGUCUUAACAGAUUUUGGGCUUUGCAAAGAAGGAAUUGCUAUUUCUGAUACCACCACAACUUUUUGUGGUACACCAGAGUACCUUGCACCUGAAGUGAUCAGAAAACAGCCCUAUGACAACACUGUGGACUGGUGGUGCCUGGGAGCUGUUCUGUAUGAGAUGCUGUAUGGGCUGCCUCCUUUUUAUUGCCGAGAUGUUGCUGAAAUGUAUGAUAAUAUUCUUCACAAGCCCCUAAACUUGAGACCAGGAGUGAGCCUCACCGCCUGGUCCAUUCUGGAAGAACUCCUAGAAAAAAACAGACAGAAUCGACUUGGCGCCAAGGAAGACUUCCUUGAAAUCCAGAAUCAUCCUUUUUUUGAGUCACUCAGCUGGACUGACCUCGUACAAAAAAAGAUCCCACCUCCGUUUAACCCUAAUGUGGCUGGACCAGAUGAUAUCAGGAACUUUGACGCCGUCUUCACUGAAGAAACGGUUCCCUAUUCCGUGUGCGUAUCUUCUGACUAUUCUAUAGUGAAUGCCAGCGUUCUGGAGGCAGACGAUGCGUUCGUUGGUUUUUCUUACGCCCCGCCUUCAGAAGACUUAUUUUUGUGAACACUUUGACACUCAGAAACCAAUGAACAACCUCUAGCUCGCAGAAGAGAUGGAAACACGUAUUUGUGUGAAUACAUUCGACUAUGUAUAACAGUGCCUCACUUUUAUAUGUAAGAGUGAAACUAUGAAAUACGUAUUUUCUGCUGUAUGCAAAAAAUAGGGCAUUUCUAAGAGCUAAGUUUUGAACUCAAAUUUGUAUUCUUGUUUAGUAAGCUUAUUUUUAAACAAAAAUUUGAAGCUAUUCUUAGCAUUAACCUAUUUUUAAAGAUAACUUUUUGCUAUUGACUUUUUUUCCUGUUUACACUAACACAUCCAAGAUAGACUGUUUUAAUAGUCUGUUACAGUUAAGAUAAGAUGUAUUAAUAUCUUUAUAAUUGUAUGACUUUUUUAUCAUAGCAGAACUAUGCAAAUGGUACAGGAUGGUUUGCUGAAACCUGUCUUCCCAUGAUGCUUCUCUAUUGGCUUCGUGGUAGGAUUCAGAUGCAAAGCAGAUGAGAUACACUGGCUGCUAGUGGGCAGUCGUAGCUACUCACUUGUA